AUGGACGCCGGAUUAGAGAGCCACGCCCUGUUUCGUCGAGAAGAUGCGUCAGUGGCGAGAGGGAACCGAGCCCUAGUGGUGACGGCUGUGUUGACCGCACUAUCCAUCCUGGUCGUUGCAAUGCGAGUCUAUGCACGAAUGGCAUUAAUCAAGAUGAUGGGUCGGGAAGACUGGACCAUUGUAGUUUCAUUGGUGUUUGCUAUUACCUAUCUUGGGUUUGUUGCUGGUGAGGCGCAUUUUGGUCUCGGAGCACAUUCUUCGACAUUAUCCAAUGAAGAAUUGAUGAGCCAGCUAAAGAUGCUCUGGGUCGCCAUCCCCAUGUACAACGCAAGUCUGGCUUGUACCAAGUUCUCCAUCCUCUUCCAAUACCUCCGCAUCUUUCCCAGUCGACCGUUCCGUAUCUCCUGCUACACCGUCAUGGGCAUUGUCGCAUUAUACUCGACCUGGGCCUUUAUCACCGGCUUCCUGACCUGCGUACCGGUGGCCAAAUUUUGGGACCGGACGGUGAAGGGUUUCUGCUUCAGUUUCGAAGCGCUGUGGUUUUUCAACGCCUCGAUGAACAUCGCAACGGACUUUAUUUUGCUUGUCAUGCCGAUGCCGCUUCUUUCACAGCUUCAGCUUCCGCGAAUGCAGAAAAUUGCGCUGUGUGGCGUUUUUGCGAUUGGUGGAUUGGUUGUGAUUACCAGUGCUCUUCGUCUUUCCAGUUUGCAUACCGUUGCAAGAGACCCUGAUACAUCUUACAGCAACGUCGCCGCCGCUUACUGGACCGCCGCAGAAUGCAACGUCGCCAUCAUCUGCGCCUCGCUCCCCUUCCUCCGCCCCGUGAUCAGCUGCAUCUUCCCCAAUCUCAUGCCCACAAGCAGCUACCGCCGCCACAGAACCGGCUUCAACACAACAAACCGCUCUCGUUUUCAAACAGAACUCUACUCGCAACACCGCGACUACGAUAUGUACACAAUUGACGUGAAGUCGGAUGCGGUGAAUCGUGAUCCGUUUAGGGGGAUUGAGGUGACGACGGAGAUGAUUCAGGAAUCGGGGGAGCCGAGUACGAGUCAAAGUGUUGUUGAGUCGACGAAUACUAGCCAGAAAGGGUUGGUUAUGGAUGUAUGA